CGGAUUCCCGGGGUGGGGCGCCGGGGUGGAGCAGGACCUUAAAUAUACGGCCUCCGGGUCCUCCCCACUUCCUGCCACACUAGAACUCCGCCGCCUCCAUGCCGCCCUACACCAUCGUCUACUUCCCGACCCGAGGGCGCUGCGAGGCCCUGCGCAUGCUGCUGGCCGACCAGGACCAGAGCUGGAAGGAGGAGGUGGUCACCAAGGAGAGCUGGCUGCAGGGCCCACUCAAGGCCUCCUGCGUGAGUGACGGCGCCCAGACAGGUGGGGCAACCCUUGAGGAGGGGGCAGCUGAGCUCAGUGUCCCUCACCGAGCCGUGCCCCACCCGUCCCAGCUGUACGGGCAGCUCCCCAAGUUCCAGGACGGAGACCUCACCCUUUACCAGUCCAAUGCCAUCCUGCGACACCUGGGCCGCUCCUUUGGGCUCUACGGCACAGACGAGCGGGAGGCGGCACUGGUGGACAUGGUGAACGACGGCCUGGAAGACCUCCGCAGGCGCUGCAGCCACCUCAUCCACCACAAGCGCGAGGAGGACAAAGCCCAAUAUGUUCGGGAGCUGCCGGCACACCUGAAGCCUUUCGAGACCCUGCUGUCCCAGAAUCAGGGGGGCCAGGCCUUCAUCGUGGGCAACCAGAUCUCCUUCGCCGACUACAACCUGCUGGACCUGCUGCUCAAUCAUCAGGUUCUGGUCCCCGGCUGCCUGGACCCCUUCCCCCUGCUCUCAGCCUACGUGGCCCGCCUCAGCGCCCGGCCCAAGCUCAAGGCCUUCCUGGCCUCCCCGGAGCAUGUGAACCGUCCCAUCUUUGGAAGCCGCAAAAUAUGAGCCCAGCCUCCCCCGGGAGAGGGGCUGCUCUUGAGACGAAUAAACACGGUGAGAGGAAA